AUGGCUCGACCUUCUCUUCAAGUCGGCGGAUACCUACUCCUUCGCCCCGAAGAUGCCCCAGGUACGCUGACCCGUUUGGCUUAUGCGUCUAUCGUUGGCGUAGCGAGGGCCAAGGUGGUGGUGAAGCUUGCCGAAGACCUCAGCGACGACGGCACCAUUGAGCUCCCUCGCCUCGUAGCCGAGCUGCGCGGGAUCCCACGGUCCGAGGCUACAGGAUCCCAACUGGGGAAAUGGCUCAGGCAGGCGGUGUGGGUUUCCGCCGGAGGAAGUUACCGGUAUGGCCAAGUUCGAGGAUACUCCGGAUCUAAACUGGACAUCUGGACUGCUCAAGGCGCCAUGUCCGUUACACGACGCCAGCUAGUCGGCGAAUGGCUGCAGGAGCUAGCAUCCGACAUGGAUGUAGAGCGGCUUGCGACGGCUCAAGUGGAAUGGGUCAACGCGCUCUCCGGGGCACAACAGCUCGUCUCGCUUCGACACGCACUGAUCUACGUGCUCUACAAAGAGCUGCAAGGCCAACCGCCGCACGGGUUGCUACGCAAAAUAGGCAAGUCCAUAACCGAAGAACCCCGCAGUUUCCAGGCCUGGGUGGGCCAAACGUCAAACCCAGACAUCGUUGACAUCGACCACUACCCGUCAAUUACUACCCGUGAGUUCCUUGCCUCCCUAUCCGAAGGAGAGGAGUCAGAUGCUGAAGUCGAGAGAGCGCGUGGUCAACAGCAACCGACGCACACGCCAAGAACGCCACUACGGACCACUCAGCGACAUGCACCCUCGAGCGGACGGUAA